CCUGUGUGGGCUAAGCUUUUAAUGUUUUCGUGUGAAGUACAGCAGUGUGGUUUCUACAUUAUUUUUCUACAAAAUAAGAGUAUGGAUAACGAGAAAAUGAUGAAAAUGCCUAUGCCAAGUACUGACAGUGUGAAAGUAGCAGUGCGAGUGCGACCUUUUAGUCAGAGAGAGAAGAAUUCUGGGAGCAAAUGUGUGAUUUCCAUGCAUUCCAGGACCACAACCACCAUAGAAGACCCUAAGAAUCCAGGGCAUGUGAAGACAUUUACUUUUGACCUGGCAUAUUGGUCUCACAAUGGAUUUCAAAAGGAUAAAGAUGGUGUCCUUAUUUCAGCUGAUCCUACUAGUAAAUUUGCAAGCCAGAGAGAUGUUUUCCAUGACAUUGGGAGGGGGAUUCUGGACUGUGCAUGGCAAGGCUACAAUGCUACUCUCCUGGCCUACGGACAGACUGGUGCCGGAAAGAGCUACUCCAUGAUUGGGUUUGGUGCAGACAAGGGUAUAAUUCCAAGUGUGUGUGAAGAGCUCUUUCGAGCAAUUGAGAAGCAGGAGAGAAAUCAAGAAUAUCAGGUUACAUUCAGUAUGCUGGAGAUUUACAAUGAACAGAUAAGGGAUUUGCUCUCUAGGACCAAAAAGCCCGGGGGGUUAAAAGUCAGGGAAGAUCAGCACCUGGGCUUUUACGUGGAAGGCCUGAAGUCUGUGCCUUGUGAGAACUACGCACAAAUUGAAAAGCUGAUGGAACAAGGAACAAGAAUCAGGACCACGGCAUCAACCAACAUGAACGCCAGCAGCAGCCGCUCCCACAUGGUCACCACCAUUCGGUUCAAGCAGGUUUUUCUAGACAGAGCUCUUACCAAGCAAUCCAGCAUCAAUUUGGUGGAUUUAGCAGGAAGUGAAAGACAGAAAUCUUCAGGAUCUGAAGGAGAUAGACUGAGGGAAGGAUCACGAGUUAACUUGAGUUUAACCACUUUAGGAAAUGUUAUCAGUGCUCUGGCUGACGCUGCGCUGAGGAAGAAAGUCCCGCACAUUCCCUACCGAGACUCUGUCCUGACCAAACUGCUCCAGUCAGCGCUGGGUGGGAACAGCAGAACUACUUUGAUCGCAGCCAUAAGUCCAGCUGACAUCUGCUAUGAGGAAACUUUAUCAACAUUAAGAUAUGCUGAAAGGGCUAAAAAGGUCCGGAACAAAGCUGUUGUCAACACCUGCACACUGGGAAGAGAGUCAAGGGCAGAGAACAGCAGACUACUGCUUGGGGGCGGAAACUCUGGAGUGCCAGAGUUUAAAAUCCUCUACUGUUUCCUGGCAGAACACCAGCUGGGGACUCUUGCUGCCCAGGGCACCUGGGCACACCUGCUAGAGCAGGCACGGAGAGAAUGGGAGCAGCAGUACGCGGCCGUGGCCCUGGAACGGCAGCUGACGAAGACCCUCCCUCACCUUCUUAACGUCAACGAGGACCCGCAGCUCUCCAGGGUCCUCAAGUACUUCAUUCACGCCGGUUCCUGUGACGCUGGUCAGGCUGCUUCCAAUGCUAUCACUCUUCAAGGCCUGGGAAUUUCAGAUAAACACGCUUCCUUCACGAAUUUGGAUGGUAAAGUGACGGUCACUCCAUACAGCAAAUGUAAGGUUGUCAUCAACGGGGUGCCUAUCACAACCAGGACAAAGCUGCAGCAUUUGGACCGCAUUAUUUUGGGCUCCAGCAGUGCCUACCUCUACAUCGGGUUUCCUUUGGAGCGAAGCAGUGAGGACCUGAGCAGAUUUGACUAUGACUUUUUCCAGCUGGAGAGGGCAGCUGCGGAGGGAGUGAGCGUGGACAAGCUCGGUGCUGUGAGCAGUGCAGAUGGCCAAGCAGACCCCAGUGUCCUGGCUGUAUUCCAGGACUACAUCAAACUCAUGCCACUGGUUGCAGAAGCAAAUCAAAUGAGUGAAGAGCUAAAGAAGGGACUUGAAAUGGAAUUGAAGGUGAAGAACUUAGCAUCAUCAGAUUCCAGGGGUUAUGACCUGCAAAAAGAGGUCAUGGUGAAGGUGACCAACCAAAGGACUCAUGAGGUGUGGAUUUGGUCAAAAGCCAAGUUUAUCAAUAGGAAGUUCCUAAUGGAGGAACUUUACCAGCAUUUUCUAGAUGGAGAGGACAGCCACGUGGCUCAAGAGGAUGACCCUUUCUGGGAUCCUGCCGAGGUCAUCCACUUGGGCUCAGCCCACGUCUGGCUCCAGUCGCUUGCCUACUGCAUGAAGUUUGAGGACCAAGUGGAGUUUCUGAACUGUGAUGGGCUGGAGGAGGCAGUGCUGCACGUCCACAUCACCCCUUGCUCCCCAGCAGGAUGCGCACACAGCGAGGAGGAUGUGGUGAUUGACCCUUUGGAGCUGCUGGGCAAGAGGAUUGACUUCCAGAUUCACCUUGUCCGUUGCCUUGGCAUCAAGUGGCUAAAGGAGGAUGCAAAGCGGGGCAUUCAGAUGGGUUACAGGAUUUAUGAUCUCCCAAUCACGUUAUAUACCAAACCUGUAUGGAAAACUGUGAAUCCCCAAAUUGAAGAGACUGUCCAAUUUGCAGCCUUCAGUGCAUCUCAGGAGUUUCUGAAUUAUUUACAGACCAAUGCUCUCGUGGUUGAUUUGUGGGGCCUUCAAGAAGGUUGUGCUGAGCUGAGCUGCUCUCAGCUGGACCUCAUGGUCACAAAUGAAGGCCACAUCAUGCUAGACACCAAGAAAAUUUCCAACGUGAAGGACACGGGCCAGGCUACAUCCAAUCAGACAUCAGAUCUUUACCUGAAGGUGCUCAAGUUAGAGCAGGAGAUGGAACUCCUCCGAAACAUAAACAGAACACUGAGAGAGGAAAACAUGUUUCUCAAGGAAUCACUGGAGAAAACUGGUUCUGGUCAACAAGGUGAGAGACUGCUUCGGGCGCCUUCCAAUAUCCUGAAAAUAACUCAGAGGACAGCCGGAGUGCCAUCAGCCAGAGAGAUUCAUCAGAUGUACACGCAGCAAGCCAGCUGUGACAGGGAGUUUGCCAAAGCUCUUAAGGUGUUCUACCAAAGCAUGAACAUGGCAAGAGGGCAUUUUCUCAGACUGAGACAGUGUAAACCUCCUGAAGAUGAUCAAAUGCUUCGGCCAUUCAUACACCAACAAUCACAGAUGUUAAAGGACUUUGGGGACCUGCUUGAAUCCAGCUUGUGGAAACUGAAAAAUGACAUUGCUCUCAUAGUGAAAAAGAAGAGAGAAUAUUUACUGCAUGUCAGACAGUGAGGGUGCACCAAGUGGAAGCUGCAAACGCUUGAGCUGAGUGGUGUAGACCAUCUAUGCAGAUAAUGGGGCUUACUUCACCCACUCAACUUAGUUCUUCCAUUUUUAAUUGAAACAAUGCCCCUAUAAUUUAAUUUUAACUCAUACAAAAUGAACCCACAUGCAGGAUGGAGGAGAAAUGUGAGACUAGAGGUAAAUGGUUACCAGACUGAGCUGUGGGAUCACAGCCCAGGGUUAAAUCCUGGUUAAGGACAUCAUUUAUCAAUUUGAAGGUUUGGGGCAACUGACCUCCCCUCUCUAGGCCUGUCUUUGCUCACCAGUCAGAUGAAUACAUUAUCAAUAUUUACAGCACAGUUAAUAAAUAUACAGCAAUGAUUUUGUUCAUGAAUGCUUCUGUUUGCGAGCAAUUUGGUUCAUGAACAAGUGUUGGCAAAAUUUUGCUUCUAUUAGAGAAUUCUACAUUGGGUUGUGAACACAACCAUGGCCAUCUUCCCCACACAAACACAAAUGUGGCCAUCUUCUUCAGAAUCGUGGAGCAAAUUCAGUGUGUGAACCAAGGUACCACUGUAAGCAACCUUGCACACAGAAGUGAUCAGUAAGCAUUUACCAUUAGAAUUCAGAUGUGGUGUUGUGGCUUGCCCUGAUGUCCUGAACUGAUUCAAAAUGCUUACCUUUCACCGUCAUUUUGACUGUGAGGAAAAGCCAGAAGUCACAUUGUGAACAGGAGGACGAAGAUAUACCAUUAUGUUUUUACAAGCCUGCCUUUCCUUACAUAGACUUGGCAGUAGUGCUGCCGUAUUUUUUAUCACACUUUGUAAAAGUCAAGAAGGUGCGCUUCCAAGGGCCGGGAUGUAACUCCGUGGGGCAACGCCUGCCUGGCAAGCACGAGGUCAUGAGUUUGACUCCCAAUACCAAGAAAAGAAAGUGGGCUUCCAGCACUGCUUCAGAAAGUGCCAAGAAUGAUGAGAUAAGUGUGUCUGAAUCGAGAGGGAGCUUUUGAGGGGGUUAAUGACAAUGUGUUCUUUAGUGUAAUACAUUUCUAAAAAUUUAAACAUUCACCACAGAAUACUAUCCAACCUUAAAAAAAAAAAAAAACAAAAAAAAAACAAGAUAUUCUGUUAUUUGUGAAAACAUGGAUGAACCUAGAGGACACUAUUAAGUGAGAUAAGCUAGGCAGAAAGACAAACACCAUAUGAUCUCAUAUUCGGAAUCUAAAAAAGGAGAAGUGACAGAAGGACAGAGCAGAAUGGUAGCCCCCAGGGGCUUAGGGGAUCCAGGAGAAUGGGGAAAAGAAGAUGCUGGUCAAUGAGUACAGUCACAGUUAGGAGGAAGAAAGCUGAGUGUUCUAUCUCACGGCAAACUACUACCGUUAACAGUAAUGUAUAUUUCAGAAUAGCUAAUAGGAUUUUAAAUGUUCUCACUGCAAAUCUGUGAUACAUAUUUGAGGUGAUGGAUAUUCCAAUUACUCUACUCACUCUAAAAUGUAUACAUGUUUUGAAAUGUUAUCUUGAACCCUACGAAUAUAUAUAUAUAAUAUAAUAUAUAUAUUUAAUGAAAAUAUUUAAAAUUUAAAAAUAAAAGAAUCUGCCUAAGUUAGGCUCCUUCCCUUCUCUAAUAUAUAGUUCAGAUGAGUCUCCUAACAUGAAUAAUACACUGCUACAGAUUUCAUGCUUCUCAUUUAAGAGCAGAAGUUCAUGAAAGGUAAAUGUUUCCUUUACAUAAUAAACAACAUGAACACUAUAUGUGUUUAUGAUUAUUAUAAAAGGAAAAGUUCUUCACCUUAAUUUAUGGCUUUAAUAAAAACUAGUUAAAAUAUAAAAAGUAAAUUAGAGAAAAAUUCUGCUUAAGCAGUGAAGACCAACAGAAACUUAUAAGCUGUCUUCUUAAAACUAAUUACAGGUAUAGAACUCGGGG